AUGAAUUAUUGUGCUAUUGAUAGUAAAGUCGAAAUUGUUACAUAUGAUAACAGUCGAUGUCGAUAUGUUGGAACUGUUUCUGGUAUAGACGUCAAAAACAAUUUAUUAUUUCUUUCAAAUGUGAAGUGUUUCGGUGAAGAAAACGUUGGAGAUAAGUCAUCCAUUAGUAAAGAUACUAAUACAAUUAUGCCUAUCUUGGUUUUUGCAACUAGUAAUAUUAAAGAAUUAAAAACUGUUCACGAAGAUCAAGAUCAACCAGUAGCAUCUUCACGUGACAUAUUUGCUCCAUCAUCGUUAUCAUCAUUAGAACAAAAGCAAUCAUUGAUUUUUGAUCGUCCAUCUACUGCCUCAGCAGUGAUUGGUACAUCGGAUAAAGCUUCAUCAAUAUCUAGUGAAAUUUUACAUAUAACCCAUCAACAAUCGGACACAUAUAUAAAUCAAGGUAAAUUAUCACGAGAUUAA